AUGCUGCACUUGCCUCCUCUCUUCCGCUUCCGGUGUCUCCCUGCAGCCAUGGCCGCCGCCGCCGCCGCCGCCGCUGGCGGUCCUGGGGCGCCUCUGUCCCCGGACGAAUUGCUUCCGAAAGGCGAUUCCGAGAAGACUGAGGAGGAGCUGGAGGAGGAAGACGACGAGGAGCUAGAUGAGACCCUGUCGGAGAGACUGUGGGGUCUGACGGAGAUGUUCCCAGAGAGGGUCCGGUCCGCGGCUGGAGCGACUUUUGAUCUCUCCCUCUUUGUGGCUCAGAAAAUGUACAGGUUUUCCAGGGCAGCCUUGUGGAUUGGGACCACUUCCUUCAUGAUCCUGGUUCUUCCUGUUGUCUUUGAGACUGAGAAGUUGCAAAUGGAGCAGCAACAGCAACUGCAGCAGCGGCAGGGGGGUGCAUACCCAGCUGCGAGAACAUUUAAUCACUGAACAAUUGAGAUGAGUCUUUGAAAAUGGUUUGAGGCUGAGGAUUUUCCAAACAACUCAGCAAAGCUGCUACUACAUCAUUUGACGUCUAAAUCCUUCCUUUUUCAAAGCACAGGCACAUAUAUGAUGAGAUGUACGAGAUCAAAUAUCCACAUCUGUAUAUGUGCACGAUGACAGCUGCCCAGUUUCUGAGCUUUUCUCUAAUUUCACACACAUGUUGAAAACUGAUCCUUUUUAAACCAGUGACCUCUUCUGCUCACUGUGGUUCUUACCACUAUGUUCAAAUCCUGGACUGAGACUCUGCCACCUUGACUCCUCUCUUCCCUAUCACCAUGCUGCUGGGCCACUGGCUUUAGUUUUUUCUUAGUCCCUACUCAUUUCUGUUCCAAACAUGAGUCAUCUUAUAUCCACAACUACUCAAACUCCACCCUGCUUUUGUAUUUCUCCUUUUUUAUCUGGCUAAAAUUCAACUGCUAAGAUGAACUUCCUCUCAACAAACAGCAUUCAUCAAAAUUUUUCUCCCAUUUCUCCCAUUCAUCAGCCCCAUCUUCCAAAGGGCAUAAAACUUUGUAUCUGAGAAUUUAAAAUUAUCUAGUUUAACCUGCCAACAUUACUAUUCUUUCCAUUAAGAUCCAAACAUCAGGGGCGCCUGGGUGGCUCAGUCGUUAAGCGUCUGCCUUCGGCUCAGGUCAUGAUCCCAGGGUCCUGGGAUCGAGCCCCGCAUCGGGCUCCCUGCUCGGCGGGAAGCCUGCUUCUCCCUCUCCCAGUCCCCCUGCUUGUGUUCCCUCUCUCACUGUCUCUCUGUCAAAUAAAUAAACAAAAUCUUAAAAAAAAAAAAAAA